CAAGUUGCUAUUAGCAACAGCACUUGCACACAUCCUCAAAGAGGGAAGCAAAGGAGAGAAAGAGGGGGAGAGGGAUGGACAUGGCCUUGGAGGCCUUGGAGGCCUUGCCGACCGAGCUAAGCAAGCCCGUCUCGGCAGACAUAGAUAGAGAAAAGGUUCGCGAGGCUGCAGCUGCUCACUUCGAGGACUUGACGGCGGACCAGAAGGAGGCGGCCAGGAGCCUCUUCGACACCAUGAACAAGGACAAGAACGACAAGAUAAGUAUCCACGAGUUCAGGACCUUCCUGAGCGAUGCCGGGCUCCGUACUGUCAACCCUGAUGAUCUCUUCGCAGAGCUGGACAAGGACGACAACAAGAAUCUCAGUUUUGAGGAACUAAUCACCUUCUUCUACGUCCUCAGCCGCGACGAGUAUAAACACCUAUUAAAACGCAGGCCUAGUACUGAUGUACGCGGUCAACAGGCGAGAACCGGGCGUGGGACGGAGGGAGAAGCUAAUGACGAAGGGCGGAAAUGGACCAAAAUCUUGCCGCAGCUGUACGACAAGUUUAAGGGCACGUACAACCUUGAAGAGUGGGUGAGCGAGAACUCAUGCACCAUCAUUUAGGGGAGCUACGAGCACUGUCGCCCCGUUGAGGACAUGGAGCGCCACUUCCUUUCGAGGAAAAGAAGAAAGUUCCUGUGUUGUGUCAUCAGUGUGUUGUGUGUUGUAUGUUGUGUGUUGUGUGCUGUGUGCUGUGUGCUGUAGGCUGCGUGCUGGAAAUAAAGAAGCAUGGCGAGUUCUUGUUCGCUUGUUCUCUGUUGCAUUCUCAUCCAUGGUUCAUCUCAUAAUGUAACUUCAUGAGUUCAUAUUGAGAAUUUUGAAUAAUGACAAAAAAGGAGAAACAAAUCGAAA